UUGUUAUAGAAUUAUUUCUCGCAAAGGCGCAACGUUCAAAAGCAAAUCGUUCCAUAUGGUUCAUAUUAUUGAAUUGGUCGGCCAGCCGAAGGUUGAGUUUGCUCAACAAGUUACUGUAAGUUGCCAUCAGACUAUGAUACCAACAGCCGUCAAAUUACAAAUGAACCGUACUUUACAGCUGAAGCCAGCUGAAAAUGAAAGUCGCAGCGAGCAUUUAGAUCGCAAGCUGUUCGUAGGCAUGCUCAGCAAACUACAAACCGAAGAUGAUGUUAGACAAAUAUUUCAUCCGUUCGGCAAUAUAGAGGAGUGCACUAUAUUACGUGGCCCGGACGGUGCUAGUAAAGGUAAGUGCCCAAGGCCUCAUCAACACAUCAAGACACGUAAAGCACGUGGCGGCUGCGCUUUCGUUAAAUUUGGUUCGCAACAGGAGGCUCAGUCCGCAAUAACCAAUUUACACGGAAGUCAAACAAUGCCGGGUGCAUCCUCCAGCCUGGUUGUUAAAUACGCCGAUACGGAGAAGGAACGACAAAUAAGGCGUAUGCAACAAAUGGCCGGGCAUAUGAACCUGCUCAAUCCGUUUGUGUUUAAUCAAUUUGGUCCAUACGGCGCCUACGCGCAGCAACAACAACAGGCUGCUUUGAUGGCUGCCGCUGCCGCAGCGCCUGGCUCGGCAGCUGCUUUCAUGAAUCCAAUGGCUGCAUUGGCAACGCAAAUACCUCAUGGCCUCAAUGGCACCGGCCAGCCGCCGUCUCUGCCAUCGCCCACAAUGCCCAAUUUCAAUAUGGGCGCCAAUACGCCCAAUGGCCAGCCCGGUGGAGCCGCCGCCGCUGCCGCUGCAGCUGCCUCAGUAGCGGAUGGUGUCUUCACAAACGGCAUUCCACAAACGGCAUUUCCACAUCCCUUGCAUCUGACCAUACCACCACAAGGUUUGCCAAACGGCGAUGCUGCUGCACUGCAACAUGCCUUCCCUGGUUUGCCACCAUUUCCAGGAGUUGCCUUUCCCGCCGUCUAUGGACAGUUUCCACAAGCUUUACCACCUCCCCUAGCGGCGGUUGCACCCAAUCAGCGUGAAGAUUUUCUGAUGUUCCCAGGAUGUUCAAUAUCCGGCCCAGAGGGGUGCAAUCUUUUCAUCUAUCAUUUGCCGCAAGAGUUUGGUGAUUCAGAAUUAAUGCAAAUGUUCCUGCCGUUUGGCACAGUGAUCAGCUCUAAGGUCUUCAUCGAUCGUGCUACAAAUCAGAGCAAAUGUUUCGGUUUUGUCUCAUUUGAUAACCCCACCAGCGCUCACGCGGCCAUUCAGGCCAUGAAUGGCUUCCAGAUUGGCAUGAAAAGACUGAAAGUUCAAUUGAAAAGGCCAAAGGAUGCCAGUCGACCUUAUUAA